AUGUCUGUAAGUACUGCAGAGCAGAUUGCUGGUGAUUUUUCACUGAGGCAGAUUGCGAUGAAGUACUUUCUGUCUUGUACUGCAGCACUGGUCGCCGAGUCGGUCACAUAUCCUCUUGACAUUACGAAGACACGACUUCAAAUUGCAAGAAAUAGACACACAAGGCGAGGAAUGUUACAAGUUACGUAUGACAUUGUACGAAAAGAAGGAGCGUUGAGCCUUUGGACCGGUGUUGGUCCGGCAAUUACUCGUCACUAUAUUUACACAGGAAUUCGAAUGGGUGCAUACGAGUCAUUGAGAGAAAUGUUAUUCGACAAGCAAGUAAUGGUUAUCUUCAAGAAGGAGAAGACUUUUCCUAUGUGGAAGUCAAUGCUUUGUGGUGCAACAGCUGGUGUUCUUGCACAGUUUGCAGCUAGUCCUACAGAUUUGGUUAAGGUUCAAAUGCAAAUGGAGGGCAUACGUAAGCUUCAGCAACUCCCGCUGCGAUACAGCGGAGCCUGGCAUUGUUUCGCUUCCCUCUACAGAACUCAAGGUUUUUUUGGUUUGUGGCUUGGGUGGAUUCCGAAUUGUCAACGUGCUGCACUAUUGAACAUGGCAGAUAUUGCAACCUAUGAUUUCGUCAAGCACAGACUACUUGAUCGCUUCCAUAUGGUGGACAAUUGGAUAACGCACGUUUUCGCGAGUGCAUGUGCUGGUUUAUCAGCAGCUGUCGUUUCACUUCCAUCUGAUGUGGUGAAGACGAGAAUGAUGGAUCAAAUAAGACAUGAACUGGAUGCGAAAAUGGCCAACGUCGAAAAUCGCUAUGUUCAUCGUUAUGAAGGAUGUAUCGACUGCUUCGUCAAGAUCGUUCGCUAUGAAGGCUUCUUUUCCCUGUACAAAGGAUUCCUUCCAAGCUAUAUGCGAAUGGCACCGUGGUCACUUACAUUUUGGGUUUCUUACGAAGAAAUCCGUAAGUUCGUUGGGGCACCUAGUUUUUAA